AUGGACAUUUCCGACGUUAUCGCGCCAGAUUUUCUCUAUGUUUCGCUGCUUGUCGCUCUUUAUGGAAUAUUGCUGCUAAGCUACCGCAUUCUGCUGCACCCGUUGAAAGCGUAUCCAGGACCAUUUCUCGCGAGACUAUCCGACAUACACAAUGGCUACUAUGCAAUGCGAAAAUCGCUCCAUCUCGUGUCUAGGAGCGAUCAUCAAAAGUACGGCAAGGUGAUCCGACACGGACCAAACAAGCUACUAUUCAAUACCCCAAAGGCGUUACAUGACAUCUACAACAACGACAUGGUGGUGAAGUCCUAUGUCUACUCAGUCUUCAUACAGACGCCAGGCGUACAUAGCUUGUUUACUGUUGUUGACAAGCAGCAUCAUACAGCCAAGCGUCGUAUUGUGGGCCAGGUUAUCAACGACCGAGCAUUUUCGACCUCUGGUGCACUUAGUGCUCUGUUCUUCUAUCUAUCCCAAAGCCCUAGUUGUUACGAGAGACUGGCCACUGAGAUACGCUCUGCCUUUGCUACUAGCCAUGAGAUUCGGGGCGGACCGAAGCUUGCAGGCUGUCAAUAUCUUCGCGCUUGUAUUGACGAGGCCCUGCGCAUCGCCCCUCCAGUGCCUGGUACAAUGUGGCGCGAACCCGCGGCCAAUAACAGCAAACCUCUAAUCAUUGACGGUCACUACAUUCCGCCAGGAACGCAGAUUGGCGUCAACAUUUAUGCCAUCCAUCACAAUCCCGAAUAUUUUCAAGACCCCUUCACCUUUAAACCCGAGCGUUGGCUAUCUGAGACGCCAGAAGCCCAGCGGAAAUCCAUGCAAGAUGCAUUCAGCGCUUUUUCUGUGGGCUAUCGCGGGUGUGCCGGGAAGGCUAUGGCCUACCUUGAAAGCAGUCUGGUAGUAGCGAAGACACUUUGGUAUUUCGACUUUGAGAGGGCUCCAGGGAAAUUGGGUGAGGUGGGUGGUGGUCGCCCCGGAAGUCAUAAUGGGAGGAGCCGACUUGACGAGUUCCAGCUCUAUGAUAUCAUUUCCGGCGCUCAUGAUGGACCUUUCCUGAUAUUCACGUCUCGUGGUGAUUCUUCUGCAUCUGAGCGCCGAUGA